AUGAAUAUUUUAAAAUAUUAUUUAAAUAACUAUAUUAAUUAUUACAAUAAUAAUAAUAGUAAUAAUUAUAAUAACAAUAAUAUUAAUCAAAUAAACUUACCAUUAAUUAUUCAAAAAGAAAUUUUAUUUAAAUUAUGUCAAUAUAUUAAUUAUAGUUAUGAAAUUAUUAGUUUGGAAUAUGAUGAUUUAGAAAUUAAAUUAUAUAUAGAAGCCAAUAAAUUAAUUUUCAACUUGGGUCUAUUAUUGGGUAGAGCUCAUCUAUUUUCCAAUCUUGAAAGAGUUAUAAUUAGAAAUUAUAAUCUUCAAGGAAACCCUGAUGAAAUGUUAACACUCUUUUCCACAAUAAAGCAACUAAAGCAAGGAAUCAACAGGAAAAGCAUUGAAUUUACCUGCUAUCAAAUAAUGAUAGGUAGACAAUGUACUGUAACCAAUAUACAAAAAUUUUAUUCAAUUUGCAAAGAUAUCAAAUGUUUUGUUAUCCAUGAUUGCAAAAAUAAAGCAGUUUUGGGCAAGGCAUUACAACUAUGGAAUAAUACUUGUAAAACUAUUAUAUAUGGUCAUGAUAGUGACAAUAAAUUCCCAAUUAAAUCAUUAAGUGGAAAUAAUACUCUAAAAAUAAAUAAUAGUAAUAUUAAUAACAACAAUAAUAACAAUAAUAAUUAUAAUCCAAAAUUUUUUGGUGAUGGUAAAAACUAUCUUUUAAAUUUAAAAGAUUUAGAAUUUAAAUUUACCAAAUUAAAAUUUAAAAAUAUUAAUUUACUUUUAAAAUCAUGUCCAAAAAUAGAAAUAUUUUCAUUUCAAAUUUGUUUUAAUUUAUUACUAGAUUUUUUAUCUAGCCCUCUUUAUGAUGGUAAUAAUAAUAAUAAUAAUAUAGAAAAUACAGAAAUAAACAAUAAUAGUAACAACAACGACGACAAUAAUAAUAAUAGCUAUAUAGAAAAAUGUGAUUGUAGUGAUUUAUUUUUAUCAACAAAUUCAUUAGAUAUAAAUAAAAAAUUAAUUUUUAAUAAUUAUUGGGAAGAAUUUUGCAACUCUUUAAAAAAUCAAACAAAUUUAAAAAAUUUAACUAUAUUAUUUUAUAUGGAAUGCUUAUUUUAUAACUAUAAAUUGGAUAAAGACUCAUUGGAUUAUUUUUUAGAAUCAAUUAGUAAAAUGAUUUUAGAUAUACCAAAUUUGGAAAUGGUUCAUUUUCAAUUUGGUUAUAAAUCUAAAACUUUAAAACUUAAAAAUUUCAAAAAUGAUAAAGCUAUUUUCAAAGUUCAACUAAUUCAUUUCUUCAAAUCAAAUUUUUUCAAAUCAAAUAAUGUAAAAGAAAUAUUUAAUAAUAUAUUUAAAAACUUUAGUAAAUAA